AUGAACUUGCUAUCAUAGAUUAUUAUAUUCAAUCUCCUUUUUCUUGAAACAUUAGCAUUCAACUUAUCUGUUUCAUAAUCAACGCCAAAGAUUACAGAAACUUAUCAAACCAUAUCAUAAUUUAAUUCAACAUUCCUAUUCAACACUACCAUUCAGAUAGAAGGGGAAUAAUUCGAAUAUCUCAUUGUCCAAUUUCAGUAAACCUCUAAAGACAAAUCAAAAAUGGCUGUUUUAUACAAUGAAAAAUUUCCAACAUUAGAGACCAAUAAAACCUUAUAAUUUAAAGAUAUGGAUUAUGACAGUUUUGCACUAAAAAAGAAAAACCAUUAUUUAUUCAUUGAAAACUAGUUUAUUCCUAAAUUUAUUACAAUUCUCAGUAAUAUUUCGAUUACAUUUGAUUUAAUAUUAACAGGUACUAAUACAUCAAAAUGUUUAAAUAAUUGCAAUAACUAUGGAAAUUGUAUUCGAGGACGUUGUGUUUGUAUUUCAAAUUACAUAGGAAAAGAUUGCUCUAUCAAAGCAACAGAGUUAGAAAUUUAGACCUGGAGAAAUUAAACUUUAUCAAAUAAUGUAACUUUUUUUUAUUAUCAAUAACAGGAAAAAUCAAAGGAAUUAGAUUUAAUAUUUUAUACUGAUAGCCAAGAAAAUAUUAGUGUCUUUGAAAUCGUUUCCUCUGUUAUCUCUUUACCUACUCCGAGGUUUUAUGACUUCUAUGGAAAAUUUAAUAAGUCCACGCCUCUUGCUCAGAUAAUUAGUUCAAAAGGCUUUAAAGAUUUAGAUUAAGAUGACUUUCUGAGUGAAGACACUGAUUAGGACGAUAAAAAUCUAUUAAAUGGAACUUGGACAAUGCAGAUUAGUUUACCCUCUAGAAUGAUUAUCGCAGUUUUGUGUAAUACUCCUAAUGCUUCACUAUCAAUAUCCUUCUAAUAGAGGUCGAAGUACGGAAAUACCAAAAAUCUAUUAGAAUGGCUUUUACCUGUUAUUAUCGUAGGAGUCAUUAUUAUUUUGGGACUCUUCUUUAUAAUAAGGCGUAACAUUAAAAAAGGAGAGUUAAUUGGAAAUCAGGUUACACAAGUUCAAUUAGUAACUGAUUGUGAUAUUUGCUAUUUGUGCUAGUAAAGUCUAAAAAGUAAGAACGAUGAGAUUGUUGUUAAAAUAAAUUCUUGUCAAUAAGAACAUAAUUUCCAUGAAAAAUGUCUAUUAUAAUUUUACUCUAAAAAAAGUCGCUAAUUAUACUGUCCAAAUUGUCCUUAAAUACUUUCGGAACAAUAGCAGUGA